UGCCCUUGCAGUUUACCUUCACUUUGGAUGGUAGAUCUGGCGCCUUGGAACGUGAUAUUGAGCUUUUUUAAAUUUCCAAGUGUUUAAUGUUUGACUGGCGAGUCGCGUGGGCUUUGCAGGAAAUUAAACAUGACCCAUCGAAAUGCAUCUAUGCCGUCAUCCCCACCCCCACCCCCACCAUCAGCAGCAGCAGCAUCAUCUGCAUCGUCUCCAUCUCAAAAUGAAUCUCCUGCGAUCGAUUCACCACCACCCCAGUCAUCAGAGUCAGAAGGAUUCACCAAAUACUCAAAACUCCCGCCUUCCGAUUCCUCACAAGAUAUUGUCCCCUACCAUGAAGACGAGCCUGAACCAAUCACAAACGGUCAUUCCAAAACACAGGAAGUCAGUCCGCACGCGCAGAACGGGAGCAGAGUUCAAAGGUCGUCAGGGAAGGAUCCGAGGUCAUCCGAAAAUAAACCUCCGGCAACCGAUGGAGGUUAUGGAUGGUUCAUCUUGUUGGCAGCUCACUGCACGCUCAUCUUCAGAGAAGGUAUUGCCAAGUGCCUUGGUGUUUUCCUGCCAACUUUUCGAACAUACUUCGAUGUAUCGACGUCUCUGAUUGGUUGGAUUAGUUCUCUCUGCGUCACGUUUGCUGAUUUUACAGGUUUGAUUAGUGGUCCGUUAUGCAGACGGUUUGGUUGUCGUCCCAUCGCCAUGGCUGGAGGAUUCUUUGGUGGCACUGGCCUCAUACUGGCAGCUGGUACAACUGAAGUCAGUCAGCUAUCAUUAUGUCUAUCACUGUCAGGUAUCGGGCUUGGACUUGCUUUAACACCAAGUCUAACUAUGGUUGGACACUACUUUGAAAAGAGAUACAGUCUCGCCAACGGUCUAUCGUACGCAGGAUCUGGAGUUGGAAUCCUGGUACUAGCACCAUUAGCACAGAUCCUUAUAGACACAUAUGGAUGGCGAGGAGGUCUCUUCAUUAUGGGGGCGUUGUGCUUCCAUGUCAGUGUGUGUGGCGCCCUCCUGCGUCCAAUCAAAGUAACACGUUCCGAUAGACGGCGUAAAGACAAGAUGGAGUAUAAAUCGGUAGAGGUUGAAUCGGACGACUGUGUUGACGAAAAAGAAUAUGUUUCGAAAGGAAUAAUGUGUGAUCUUGGCCCAGAGGAGGAUGAUGAAGAUGAAGAUGAUGAUAGACCUAUUCCGAUGAACAAUGGUUUUAAAGAAAACCAGUAUCACUCUAACGAAUCUUUUGAGCUAAAACAUAUAAAGCAAAUCGAAACAGAAAACAAAUAUGAGGAAAGCGAGGCGUGUUUAGGCAAUGGAGAAGAACGAUCAGUAACUGAUGUCGAAAAAUGUGCAAAUAUAGAAAGUGACGAUGACGACGACAACGAGCCUUCGGAGACAAGGGCCGAACGUUGCUACUCACUUCUUGGCCUAUCUCUAUUCAAGGACGUCUACUUUAUCAUUCUAAUGAUAGUGCAAUUCUGCGGGCGAUUUGUCUAUAUGGGUUGGCUUAUAUACCUCGUUCCCCACGCCCAGGAAAAGGGGAUUGCUCCUCUCCAAGCCACCUUUAUAGCAUCUGUCGCCGGUGUCUCAAACAUUGUCGCUCGGGCCGGUCACGGUUUGAUAGUUGACUAUAAACUACUUACUGCUGCUCAACUUCUUACUAUAGCUUCCUUCAUGUCAGCUUUGCCUAUGUUGCUUGACCCUGCGUUGAAUACAUAUGGUGUCCUCAUCGCAGCCUCUCUAACCUAUGGAGCUGCAAGCGGUGUGUUCUUCCCUAUUGCCGUAGUUGUUAUCAAACAGUCGAUAGGUAUGGAAAGGUUUCCUAAUGCUCUUGGCUGGUCGUACGGAUUCGCUGGGAUCGGACGGAUGUCGGCUGGAUUCCUCACAGGUUGGCUGUUCGAUCACUUUGGAAGUUAUGACCAAUCCUUCAUCCUCCUUGGGAUCAUACAGACAUUUGCAUCAGCAUUGCUCAUCAUCCUACUCUGCCUCAAUAAGCGGAAGAUGAAGAAGGAGAAGGAAGAAAAUAAACCUUAAGAUAAUUUUAUUCAACCUUGUAACCUAUGUUUCUUCCCUAUUGUUUGAUGGGAGGCAUAUUACAACGUGGUUUAUACCGAAGGCAGCCAUUGACCAUUAUCUUCUUAUCCUUUACUUUUUAACGUUUAUGCAUGUACAAAUUGAGUAACUAAUGAAAGGAGCAGUUUUUUAUCCACUAGUAUAUUCCGUGACAGAAAGUUCGAACAGCAUUACUUAAAAUAUGUUAAUACUUUAAGGACAUAGUUUUAGUGAUAUUUUUUUUUCAAAUAGAAAUGAUCGUUUCCUCUCAUCCAGAUACGAUAUAACACUAUGUUCCUUUGGGAAUUGGGAUGGCGUAAGAGCGCUAGGUUCUCAUGAAGUGCAGAUCAUUUGCCCGCGCGCCCAUCAACGCACGCGCCCACUUAUUACACACUCUAGAAAGUAAAGUGCUAAUUCAAAGGGGCUUGUAUAGUGACUGCAUUUCGGGGUGCUGAGUUAGUAUAAUUGCAAAUUUGAACUAGAAAAUGAACACUCCGAAGUGCACACAAUCUACAAGCUCUUUAUACGUGCAAAGUCGGCACUUCAUUUUUAGAGUGCACUACAAACAAGUAACUUCGAAGUAUUAAAUAAAAGUAUGGCAUUUAAUCUUCGGAAAAAAAAUCUUAACUGCAUAGCAUGAUAUCACUUAAUGCAAUCAGUAUGUGAAUGGUACAUUUUGUAAGGGAGUGCUGCAAAUGUACUUAAAAAUUUACCGUUUUCUUGAAGAUGAUUGCCCAUUGUAUGAUGUAUCUAUUCCUUGAAAACUCUACUUGUGUGGACAGAAAGUUUCAACCAGUCACAUACUCCGCGUGUGGGCCGGGCAGAUGUGGAGAUGCCUACUCCUGUCAUUUUACGUACUUGAUAUAACUUGAUUUGCACUAUGAUUUAGCUCAGUAAGAAAUAGUAAACAAAAUAAAAGAAGAGGAGAAAAGAUAAAAAGGGGAGGUGGAAAGGAAUAGUGAGCGAGUUAGUUCAGUGGGUAAAACGUCUGCAUGUCGAACCAAAGGUCGUGGGUUCGAAUCCACCCAGAGCCGGCGAAUGAAGUCUGCGCUGUGUGUAAACUUGCCCCUCCCCUGUUGCAUAAAGAUAUGGCUAUGAUGCAGAGGAAAACACUCCGUUCCUUUAAUAGGAAUGGAGGCCUCGUGAAUAGGAGAGUCACCGCACUUUCUCGUUAAGAACCUGCUGCACUAUUGGUAUAAGAGUAGGAAUAAACCUUGAUGGAGUGGUCCAACUGGAUACCCCCUCCCCAUCAAGAGGAGAGUCCCUCGAUCAUAAUGAAAAUAAUAACAGGGAAGAAAUACGAAUAAAUGUCUUAACCCACAUACUUCUAUAUUUUUCCUAUCCUUCUAAAUAAUUUUUCAAAUAUUGACGUUAGCUGGUUCGUCUUUCCCCAUCAUUUCUUUCGUCACCACCGACCAUUAUUAAUAUAUAUGUAUAUAUAUAU